AUGACGGAUGACAUAAUUACUUCUACACCGCUUCGUAUCAUGAAGCCGCCUAAUAAAGGUGCCGAUAAAACAAUUACUGGAACCGAAAUAAAAGCAAUUGGGAAAGCUAGACAAGAUUUUAAAGCCGAAUUCUCUGUCGCCCAAAGAACCCGGGCUCUAUUUAAUAUAAUUUCCCGUCCACCUCUACUUUGUGCGCCUAGUUUCGGUAUCAAGCUUCCAUUUGAGUCAAACGACAAACUUAAAACCUCUGGACUCGAAAAAGCUUCAAAGGAACUAAGAGAUCUUGCUCUCGCGGAUCCCUGUUUACUGUCAGUGGACGGUUUACUAGAUGUCGUGUUCAUUGCAAGGAAUGCUAUUGAAUACAUCUACGAUGAAUAUGAAACUCGGCAAAUUAAGUGUGGUAGUGAAACCCUUGAUUCCACACUUAAUGUGUUGGACUUCUUUCUCAACCGAAUUGAUCCGGUCGUUCGUAAACUAAGUACUCUUCGAAUGUCACUUAACGAUUUUGAGCUUGGUCAAGUCAUCGGUCGUGGUGCUUGCGGUGUCGUUAGAGUUGUCCAAGAAAAAACUCCUCCACACUCAGUAUUUGCUAUGAAAUCGCAAUAUAAGGGCUCCUGGCUCUAUCAUGACCCGGAGGGAUCUCAGCUCCUCUUGGAAAGAACCGUUUUGGCCCAAGCUACCAUAAUCGAUAAUCCUUGGUUACCACAUCUCUAUUACGCCUUUCAAGACGAUCAACAGUUACAUUUAGUCAUGGACUAUGAACCCGGAGGUGAUAUGUACAUCUUUCUUACCAAUGAUAUAAAACCUGAGAAUUUCGCAAUUGAACGAAGUGGUCAUCUAAAGUUGAUAGACUUCGGUUCUGCCAUUCGACUUGAUUCAAAUGGAGAGUGUAUCUGCCCAACAAUGGUUGGAACUAAGGAGUAUCUGAGUAUCGAACUCAUGAACCAACGCAAGAGGGGUUCAAAAGACCCUCUUCGUGUUGGUCCGGGUUACGACUACUGGGCUAUCGGUGUCUUCCUUUAUGAACUCUUCUAUAAUCAGACGCCAUUCUUCGAUGACGAUGACGAUAAAAUGAUGAAGAAUAUUAUAAACUAUAAGACCACACUCCGUUUCCCGAGCAAUGUUGAUGUCCCAGAAACAGCCAAGGAUCUCAUUCGAAAACUCAUCUGUGACCCCUCAGAACGACUGACUUAUGAGGGAAUUGUUGCUCAUCCCUUUUUUCAGGAUGUUGACUUUGCGACCAUAAGAGAACACACUCCGCCAUAUCUCCCGCCAGUCGGUAAAAUCGACGAUGUUGGCAAUUUCUCGGGUGGCGGUGCUCGAGUUCGGGAUGAAGCUCUCCAUGAUAUUACCAAUGAUGUUACUCUCUCACCCUCUCGUGCUGCUGCUCACAAUCAGUCCAACGGUACGCCAUCAAAAGUGCGCCGUCUCUCAAAUCUCGAGAAUCUCGAUCCGUCUGAAACGGUUGAACAAACCCAACCUCAGCACAAACCACUGUCAUCUAAAGAGAAACAGCUGAGGGCAAUUGCUGAAGCCGCCGCUGUAGAAAUUGUUGAGGAGGUGCAAGAGGUUGAGGACAUUGCUUGGCAGGGACCGGCCUAUGCUGCCGAUCUUCCUUUCAUCGGUUUCUCUUUCACACCCACUAUGCUUCUGGGUGAUCCUCAGUCAAGACAAAAGCAACUUAAGGCUUUAAUCGACAACAACACUACAGUAAUUCAGUCUCGUUUGAGUAUCCUUGAAAACUCCGACAUUGGCGAGGAGGCUAAUGCAAAGAUUAUGGAGGUUAAACGACGCAAUCGGUACUUGGAAAAGCAUAUUACAAUGCAGGAAGAAGAGAUUCGGAAUCUCCGGGCUAAGCUCCAAAGCUCUGUGUACAAAACGGAGGUUAUAAAUAACUUGGAUAAGGCCUUAACCAGUGAUCUGCAUCAACAGGCCGAAACGACUAAAACCGAAAUAACUAACCUCGAGGCACGUGUCAAUUCGUUGACUCUGGAGAAGGCAAAGCUUAUGGAGGAGCUGAAUGAUAUUCGCAAGUGUCUGCUUGAUUUUAAUAAGAUCAAGGAGUUCAUGACUGUAAUGGAUAAGAAGUCGUACGAUGAGGCACAAGCUUUCCAGACUGCUCUGGUUCAAGCUAAUGAGAACAACCGCAUUCUUACAGAAGAAUUCACGCAAGUGCGACAACAAUUGGAUCGGCUCCGAAAUGCCAACACCAAAUUAGUAGCUGAGCGAGACGCCGCCAUCGCGCGGGCCGCCAAAGCAGAAGAAACAGCUGCCGCACAGGCAGAUGAAGCUGAGGCAGCGCGCUCAGCAAUGAACCAAGAGGUUAUCCGCCUCACAACCACUACAGAACAGCAGGGUAAACUCAUUAACCAUCUUCUCUCCCUCCUUCCUGCACCCGAACGCAAGCAUCUUGUCAGUGUCGGCAGUGAUGUCGACGCACUUGCCGAAGCCCUUGAGACUGUUGCUGUGGAAUCAAACGCCCAACGAGCUCCGCGUCACGCUAUUCGUGCUGGCGGUUUUGUCCGCUCGAGGAAUGGCUUCUGGGGAGGUAGGAGUAAAGCCUCUUCUACUGCCGCUACUACUGGCCACUUUGCCCUCUUCCCUAAGAAUAAGAGCAUGGUGAAGUCGAAAAAGAACACACUCAAAUCUUCCCUAGUCUUGGGUAAUGGUAAUGAGGAUGUGAAGAGAAAUGCAGCUUUCAAAUCAAUGAUUGGUUUGGGAGCAUCAUCAAAACCCCAACAGCGACGAAGUAUGAAUGUAGUGGAUGACCUUACGAGUAAUACCAGUAAUGAACAACAGCACCAGCUCGGGUCUUCUGCAUCCAAACUUCAGCAACCAGCUCAACUUCAGCGAGUUCAUAAACGCCGAAUGGUUGCUUGGAUGAGAAACCUCUCAACACUUCGUUCGAGACACUUUCAUGGCAAUAAAGAGGAUAAUUCCUCCAGGAGGAAAUCUCGCCAUCGAGCGUCUGCGGAUUUGACUGGUUUUAGUGAGGAUGAGGGCGAAUAUGACUUGGCUGGUGGUGUUUACAUGGGAGAUAAUGCAUCACUGGACUUCCCCAAUCAGGAGGGUGAAUUUGGAGCUGUGUCGGACGUGGAUUAUAUGCGAGCAUCUAUGUCGACUGCUUCGUCGGGUCGUUCGCCUAGUGUUCAAAGCUAUCCAGAGAUUGCCACUCGAACGGCCAUUUGGUCCCAGCACUUACAAGCUUCCAAUAGUAAUGCAGUAGCUUCUUCGACCCAGAAGACGAAGGAUGGCAAGGAGUCGCACACCAAGCUGUUUAAGCAGUUCAGUCGAGUUCUUGGCAAGGGUGGUAAAUCAAGGGGACCUACGGGGAGCGAACAAUCAUAA